AUGUGGUGGAUGAUGGAGCACAGUGUCUCUCAGGAGGACGUUGUGAGAGGAAUACGAGAUCAGAAGAUGAAGGAUGUGAUUUAUGACAUAGCAAGUAUUGCCCAUCAACACAUUGAGCAUGCAAGGAGCUUCAUGAAAGAUGUUCCUGAAGAAGCUCGUGUUGCUCUCCUUCCAGGUACAUCAGUGUUUGCUUACCUCAGAGCACUGCAGAAAGCAGACUUCGAUAUUUUUGAUGGGAGUCUCCAGAAGAGAAAUAGUUGGCUACCAUUUACAUUGUGGUGGGCAAAAUUUGGGAAAACCUAUUGACAUUUUCACUUUUAGUUCUGUUAAUUUUGUAAAAUAAAAUAAGUUAUAUGGUGCAGCCAUAA